AUGCGCUGGGGGCAGCUCGACGGCAAAGACUCUGGCAUGAUGUACCUGGACCUGACAUUUCACCAACCUGCUGACUGCAAACUGGCGCAAGCGACCAUCACCAUGAAUUUUCACGAGAUCCAAGGUUCUCGUGCAGGUAGUCAUUCCAAGGAUAACUCCGAUCUCGAAGUCACCGAGUUCUUCGGCCCCAGGACACUGAGUGGUGAGAAGAGACAGAAACAAGUAUCCACGACCCUUGAGACCAACCCCAGAGUCGGAAAUGCCGGCGGCCACUUUGAAGGAAUUGGCUACUCGAGAACAUCAGAAGCCAGCUACUCCUCCAGGUGGAAAUUCACUGGGUCGCGGUUUACCAUCGAAUCUUCUACCAACGAUGAUACUCGAAGCAGCCGGUACCGACAACUCGUUUGGCACUUGGAAGAAAAUGAGUUGGAGCACCAGGCGGUUCACAAUUCCACUGUGCAUUCUGCGCUUGCAUUCCACCAUUGCUCGAGGGAUUUUUACCUUGACCUUCAUAUCGAGGUCAAAAUGCAGCGGUGGCAUCACCGACUCCAGCAACAUUUCGUCUGUCCACCGCGAGACCGGAAGGCAUGCACAAGAGCCAGAAUCGAACCUAGUGGCAAUGCAGCACCGGAUACACUCUUUGAACAACUGGCCAGAGAUCUAGACCACUCCAUGACAGAGGCGAAUUUACAUCCCGUGGUUGGUGAGUUCGCCCGAACACGCCCCGAAGAGGAUUUGGCCACUGACGCCUAA